CCGGUCGUUUCUUUAGAGGCCACAGGAAAAAAAAAAACGCCAUGAAAUACAAUGAGAUUUCCCAUUUCAGCCACCCCCAACAUGUACUAAAAUUUGAGUACACUGAAGUUCCAUUUAAGUGUGAUGGAUGCAUGGAAGUUGGCAUAGGCUCACAUUAUCGAUGUUCCUACUGUGAUUUCGAUCUCCACAUGCACUGUGCCAUACCUUCACUUUCAAUUUCUCAUCCUUUCUACACAAAAUGUUCCUUCCAAUUCCUCUCAAGGCCACCUGGUGACAAGCCUCGUUACUGCAAUGCUUGCGAAAAGGAUGUUACUGGCUUUGUUUAUCAUUGCAAAUCAUGCGGAUUUGAUCUUCAUCCAUGUUGUGCAAAGCUACCAAUGGUGUUAGAUGAUGGAGAAGUGAAACUGUAUCUGUAUAGGAAGGUAAGUGCACCAUGUCAUAGAUGUGGGAGAAAAGGGAGGAGUUGGAGUUACCGGUCUGCUUGCAAAAAAUAUAAUUUGCAUGUUGCCUGUGUUAGGGAAAUGUUAGUGGAGAAUUGGCAUGAAUUGUACUUUGGUCAUGGUAAGGGUACUAGGAAAUUGGAGACUAGAAUCCCAAGCUUGAAAAAUACACUUCAAACCCCUCAUAAAAGGAGUAAAGGUAAGGUGAAGAAAGGUUGUGAGAUGGCUGGUUUGGCUCUGCAAUUUGUUAUAUCAGCUGUGCUUGGGGAUCCAACUACUCUUAUUGCUGGGGUUAUCGGAACUUUGGUGUCAAGAGGAUGAGUUCAAUUGAAAUGUUGUCUGGUUGAUGCAAUUUAAUGUAGGUGUUAAAAAAAAAAAAAAAGAAAACAAUAACGUCCAGAAUGUUUAACUUUUGGGUAGCCGUUGCCCCUAUGAUCUUUUGUGAAUAAAUUCUAUAUAUGUUAAUCCAAUGUCAUGAAGCUGUCAUUUUCAGAUUUUGUUGGCUAUCUUAUUUUAGAUUUAACUAAAGUCAUUUUGAUCAAGUUGAGAUUCCAAUCUUGUUCUUUGAAAAAAAAAAACAUUAAA